AUCAUUUACAAUCAUUUAUCAAAAACAUCGUAUGCAUAUGAGUGCGUUGGUGUUGUGAGGCUAUCCGCGAGAGCAAUGAGCAAGUCUAUUCAAUUGAUCCGACAUUUCGGUUUCUAUCCAACAGGACCACAUCUUGGUGUUUUUAUUAUAUAGGAAAUCUACGGAGAAUCACAAGUCUAAACAGUGAAAAAUGGCUUACAAUUUUCCAGGAAUGUCUGCAACUCCUAUGCCACCAAUGGGCAUGGGGCCAAUGGGUUCUCUGGGACCGAUUCCGGGACCACAAAGCUUUAUGGAAUUAGCUAGUCAAGGAUUUCCUCCUCUACCGCCUCCUAUACCUUUACCCGGUAUGAAUGACUCGCCGCUGGAAUUUAGCACAAGUAAAAAUCAACCUCCUGUAGUUCGGGAGAGUACAGAAGACAAUAAUGAAAGAAAAAACGAUAAAAAUGACAGUCGCAAAGAACGUGAUAGCAGAGAAGGUAGAGAAAAUCGAGAUAGCUGCAGAAGAUCAAGAGGCGAUCGAAACGACAGAAGAGAAAGAGACCGUGAAAGACGAGAUGACAGAAACGAAAGGGAAAGGCGAGAGGAACGAAGGCCAGAAGAAAGGAGCAGUGCAAAUUCUUCUGUCAGUAGUAAUACUCACAGCAAUUCCAACGGAAAUGAGUUGGCAGGAACGCAAAGUGUUACAAAUAAUACGCCUGCGAUUGGAGCCCAAAUUGAACCUUCUUCUGGUGUUUGGGGUAUGGGGGUUAGUUAUCCUAUGAUGGGAAUGGGUCCCAUGGGGCCGAUGGGACCUAUGAUGGGAGAAAUGUCACUGGGACCUCACAUGGGACAAGCACACGCAUACGGACCGAUGGGAAUGAGUAUGCUGUCGCAUGAAGGAGCAAUUAUGAGUGCUCAAAUGCUCGGCCCUGAACAAAUUAUGACCGAAACUGCAGCACAGUUGAUUACUGGAACCCUACCUCCUCCACCCACAACUUCACAAAAUACCAAGGAAAUUAUUCAUUGUAAAAGCUGUACUUUGUUCCCUCCGAAUCCAAAUGCCCCACCACCAACUACAAGAGAAAGGCCGCCAGGGUGUCGAACAAUUUUCGUUGGUGGUUUGCCCGAAAAUAUAACGGAGGUGAUCAUACAGGAGAUUUUUGAGCGCUGUGGAGAAAUCACAACUUUACGAUUAUCGAAGAAAAAUUUCUGUCACAUACGUUUUGUUUUGGAAGCUAGUGUUGACGCAGCUAUAUAUCUUUCGGGGUAUAGGGUUAGAAUAGGUUCUAAUGGCGAUGCAACUAACACAGGCAGACUUCAUGUAGAUUUUGCUCAGGCCAGAGAUGAUCAGUACGAAUGGGAGUGCAGGCAGCGACAGCUUCAAAGAGAACAACGCCACAGGGAAAGGGUAGAAAAGGAAAGACAAAGACCUCCUUCUAGUCCACCACCCGUUGUGCAUUAUACAGAUCACGAGGCAUCGAAUGUCUGUGAAAAGAUUAAACAGGAUGACACAUUUAUGAAAGCAGUGCAGGUUGUCGUUACUUGGCUUGAGCGUGGAGACUGUACGAAAAGAAAUGCAAACACCUUUUACUCGAUGAUCCAAUCAACGAAUUCACACGUUCGCCGACUGCUUUCGGAAAAAGCUCUAUAUGAAGAAGAACUCCAGAAAGCGAAGGAACUUAUGAAGGGCAGAAUGCAAGGAGUCCUCAUACAAUGGUGUACAAUAGAGGAUUUGUUGUGUUUUUGUAUGCGACAUGCGACAUCCGUGUCAUCGACAGUCAGUCAGAUCGAACGAGUAUUUACUGCGGCCAGCCACAAGAAAGUUUGGGAUCACUUCACCAAGGCCCAAAGGAAGAACAUCGAAAUGUGGAAGAAACAAUCCUCGGAGAUUAAAGCGGUUCAGUUGGAAGACGCUCUCAUGGAAGGCGAAGGGGAGAUGGAAGUUUCGGACUCAGAGGACGAACCUCAGCGUAAGAAGCAACGAAAUUUCUCUGAUAAUCAUGAUGAUAUCGAAAGGGUACAGUCGUUGAAGGAAGAAAACGAUAGUUUGAGAUGCCAAUUAGAAGCUUAUAAAAACGAGGUGGAUCUUCUGAAAUCAGAAACAAAAAACGAGAUAGACGGAAAGGAAAAACAGAUAAAAAUGCUACAAAAAACUUUAAAAGGGAUGCAGGAGCAACUACUUCAAUCGAAAAAGCAGCAAGCACAGGACGAACAAAAAAUCAAAGAUCUGACUGUAAGAUUAAACGUUACGAGAAAGGAAGAACCUCCUGAAAGCGAAAUAAUAACUCUAGAUAAGGACGAUGAUAUAAGCGAAGAGCCAAGAACUCCGAAACAUCUUAUAUCGUCCACUGGAGCUAUUCAAAUAACCCAAAAAGAUGCUAAGCUCAUAGGUCUCGUUGCAACAUUUCUACAUAUUCAUCCAUUUGGUGCCAGCGUGGAUUACGUUUGGUCUUACUUACAGAAAAUGGAACCGGGUUUAAGACCAAACGAAGUAGAAUCUCUAAUGCAAAGAUUUCCUCAUGUGUUCAAGCAGGAAUUAUCUGGAAUUGGUGCAAACAUGGAAAGGCGCUGGCAGUUCUCGGGUUUUAACACCUACCGAAUUCAUUAAAGAAGUCCGAAUCUCGUGAAACUUAUUAGUGGUUUAUUCGAAUAAACUUGAUUACUCCCAUAAAUAUAUAAUUUGCCAUAUUAGAGUGUCAAUUGUGUUGCAUCUUGAUGAAAGACAAUUAAUUUUGUAUGGAAGCAAUGUGAUUCUUAUGAUGUAAAUGAUGGUCGAGCAUCAUUCUAGUCCACAUCUUCUAAAGAUAUUUAGUUUUUUCCCCCAGAUUAUGUUUUGAACGUAUUUUUCCUCUGCGGAAAUACACGUUUUAAGUCAAGGAGUAAUAUUAAUUACAUGUAUAGUGGGGUUGGUACUUAGUUAGUCAUACUCUAAGUCUAAAAGUUUGAUUGCAAUGACGCUCUACUAUAGAUAACUUUAAAAAAUAAGUCGUACAAACAAUCUUUAAUGGGCAAACAUUGGAUUUCAUUUAUAUGUAUUUUUUUUAGAACGUGGAUACGCUUCUUGCCGUAACAUGUAUUUUGAGUAACUUAAUCGCAUACUUAAAAAGGUAUUGCUUUCUUUAAAAUGUUGAUCAUACGGUGUGCAAGAAAGUAUUAUAGAUACAAACAUUAUUAAAAAAGGAUCAUACCGUCGUAUGCAUUGUUAGAAAAUGAUUUUAGUAAAAUGUUUGGUCAUUCAUCAAGUA